AUGUUCGCGAGGUCCGCCCUGCGCUCUACGCGCACCCUCGCCGGUGCCAGAAAUGGCGCGGCCAACGUUUCCAAGCGUGCCGCGUCGACUUCUGCCCACUCCGACUCUUACGCCGCCCGACUGAACAUUGCGGCUAUUGCUUCGACUGCUGUUGCCGCGGGCUCCGUCGCCUGGUACUAUCAUCUCUAUGGAUCUGAGGCUCACGCCAUGACCCCUGCUGAGGAAGGCCUCCAUGCUACCAAGUAUCCCUGGGUGCAUGAGAAGAUGACCAAGACCUUCGAUCACCAGGCUCUCCGCCGAGGUUUCCAGGUUUACCGUGAGGUGUGCGCUUCGUGCCACUCCCUUAGCCGUGUCCCUUACCGCGCCCUUGUUGGUACCGUUCUUACUGUCAACGAGGCCAAGGCUCUUGCCGAGGAGAACGAGUAUCCCGACGAGCCCGAUGAGCAGGGCGAGAUCCCCAUGCGUCCCGGUAAGCUGUCGGAUUACAUGGUCGAUCCCUAUAAGAACGAGGAAGCCGCCCGAUUCGCCAACAACGGUGCCUACCCCCGAUCUCAGCUUGAUUGUCAAGGCUCGCCACGCCCCCGCGGGCGUCAACCUCGCUCCUGGCAUGAACUUCAACCCUUACUUCCCGGCACCGGUAUCGCCAUGGCUCGUGUCCUCUACGACGGCCUCGUUGAGUACGAGGACGAGACUCCGGCUACGACAUCGCAGAUGGCCAAGGACGUUGUCGAAUUCCUGAACUGGGCCGCCGAGCCUGAGAUGGACGACCGGAAACGCAUGGGUAUCAAGGUUCUCGCCGCGACAGCCGUUCUCUUCUCUAUCAGCAUCUGGGUGAAGCGGUACAAGUGGGCAUGGCUCAAGUCGAGAAAGAUUGUGUACGACCCUCCCAAGGAGACCAAGGUCACCCGCCCUUACAGAUCAAGGGAGCAAGGGUCCAUCAAGGCCAGGGCCGCCUGCUCCUGGAUCCUGCGAUGA